CCUCCUCGGCGCUCCCCUCGGGGGCUCUGCGCCCCUGCGUCGGUGCCUCAGUCUCCCGCGCCGGCCGGUCCCCGCCCCUCUCCGGUGGUGGCGCUCCCGCCGUCUCCCCGCGGACCGUGUCUGUGGGUCUGUCUCCCUCUCUCCGCCCGUCUCGGAUGGGUCGCUGUCUGCGGUCCUCCCUCCCUCCGGGUGGGCCUCUCCUUCUGCAGCUCUGGAUGUCUCUGUGUCUCGUUCUUUCUCUCUGCUUCUCCGUCUGGCUCUGGCUCUGGCUCUCUCUCCGUCUCUGUACCCAUUCUCCCCGUCUCCCUUUGCCUCUAACCCUCAGUCUCUCGAGCUCAAUCCCUCUGCCUCCAACUCCGUGGUUCUCCCUGUCUCUGUGCAUCUCUUUGCGCUUUCUCUUCCUGUCUCUCUCCUGUAUUUCUGUCUCUUACUCUGUGUAUCUUGAGACCCUCUUCUGGCACCUUGACCCCAUCGUCAUCUCAUUCCAAAUUCUGGUGCAUCCCCAAGCUUUCCGCUGGGCUGAGGAGCUGCUUGGGAGUGGGAGGGGGGGGGGGAGUAGGGUUGCCUUGGGACAGGUGGACUCUGAGGGACACUGUAACCCCAGUGCCCCCUUUAGAGAGUCACCCCACUGCUCCUGAGGUCGCACCCACCCCACCCUCCAAUUUCAGGAAUUCCUGGCUGGGGGGGUAGACUUCCUCCCCCACUUCCUCCCUUCCAGGAUUUGGCUAGGUCACCAUUAACUCCUUCCUGCCUCCACCUCACUCCCCCCACCCCCUGCUUGCACUGGACAUCCCACCACCCCCAACAAGGCUGAGGGACAGCUCUGGAAUUUCUGUGAGCCACUGUUCGGGGCGGGAUGUGUGUUGUGUACUCAGGCAGGAUGUGCGCUGGGGGAUUUACUUGCUGGCACAGAUGGAGAUGAUAGGGGCCACCCCCUAGCGCCCCCACGCCACUCGACCCCCACCACCAGCCCCCCCCUCCUGAACCCACCAAGAGGGUACCUCCCAAGCUCUGUCUCUGCAGAUGAACUCAACUUCAGGUUUGGGUUGAGGAUGGGGAGGUUUCCCUUUCUGAAGGGUCCCAGUAGGAGGAAAUGAGAGGGAUGAUGGGUGGCUCUUGAACUCUGGGAAUCGUAAUCAAGAACCGUUAGGUGUGAAGUCUUUGAAUGGAAAGAUUCAGGAUGUGAGAAUGAUCAGAGGGAGGACUGGGGCUCCACAACCUUCAAAUCACAAGUCCUCAGGAUAUAUGAAUCCUUCAAUCCAAAAAGAUUAGUGUCGGAAUCUUGGGCAGCUUUCAGUGUUCCAAGCAGAGAGAGCUCAAAGGGCUUACCGAGCCAUCGAGGUCAAGCACCCAUGUUACAGAUGGGAAAACUGAGGCCCAGGAGCCGAAGUCCUCACAAUGAGUCCGUGCCAUUUCAACUGAAGCCCAAAUCCAGAGAGCUGGCUUCCUUUGCUGCCACUAAGUCGGAUUAAUUUGGGAAAAGAGGUCUUCACAGUGAGGAGGGAAGAAUGCCAGGGCACUGUAAAGUCAGCUUUGAACUGUGAGGCGGGCCACCUCAUCCCAACUGCUCAGUUCUCACCACGACCAAGCCGGAGCCCUACCCCUGCCCCCCUCAAAUUCCUCACUCCAUCCGUAAUCCUUCUCCAUAAUAGCCCUUACUCACCUCCUUCCUGUUUCUUAAACACCCUUCCCAUUUCCCAGCCAGAGGGUACCUCUUCUUCCAUAAUGUUCUCUUCAUCAGUCACCUUGUUUCCUUCUUUCUUAUGGGGGUCCUAGGAAGCGCCAGCGCCCCCACUGACCGUGCCUGGUGUUUUCUACCCUCCCUAACUGUAGUCUGUCCUGUCUCAACACUAUCGCAUAUAUUUCACGCAUCUUCCACACCCCCAUCACUUCACUGUGGCCAAACAGUACUUUCUGCUGAUGCCUUCAUCUUCUCCAUAAACACCCCCCUCAGCCAAUUCUUGUGCUACCCCAAAACUCCCUCAUUUACACUCUGAUUGGGUCUAUAAACACCCCCUUGACAGAGCUCCUUUUUUUUAAUCCCACCAUCCCCCGCCCUGAGCUUCCCUCCUGUCACAAUUCUAUCCUUCCUCCGACUUUUCCCUCUCAAGCUCUACCCUUCCCCGCCCAGGCUAGCCCACGAUUCAGGGUCACCCUCACCUCUUCCCUGUAGACUGCCCCCCACCAUGUUCCCCUGAGCCUCCAAGGAGGGGGCUCAGGGGGCCCGAUGGCCUCCCGCCCCCCGUGGCCCCACAGCCCCCGUGGGCCAGGGGAAGUGCCUCAGAAGGCCCAGCGCCGAGGAUGGGCAACCGCACGUGGGACGGCUGCCAUGUGGACUCGCGCGUGGACCACCUCUUCCCGCCGUCCCUCUACAUCUUCGUCAUCGGCGUGGGGCUGCCCACCAACUGCCUGGCCUUGUGGGCAGCCUACCGCCAGGUGCGGCAGCGCAACGAGCUGGGGGUGUACCUGAUGAACCUCAGCAUCGCCGACCUGCUGUACAUCUGCACCCUGCCGCUGUGGGUUGACUACUUCCUGCACCACGACAACUGGAUCCACGGCCCCGGCUCCUGCAAGCUCUUCGGGUUCAUCUUCUACACCAACAUCUACAUCAGCAUCGCCUUCCUGUGCUGCAUCUCGGUGGACCGCUACCUGGCCGUGGCCCACCCACUGCGGUUUGCCCGCCUGCGCCGGGUCAAGACGGCCGUGGCCGUGAGCUCCGUGGUCUGGGCCACGGAGCUGGGGGCCAACUCGGCACCCCUGUUCCACGACGAGCUCUUCCGCGACCGCUACAACCACACCUUCUGCUUCGAGAAGUUCCCCAUGGAGGGCUGGGUGGCCUGGAUGAACCUCUACCGGGUUUUCGUGGGCUUCCUCUUCCCGUGGGCCCUCAUGCUGCUGUCUUACUGUGGCAUCCUGCGGGCUGUGCGGGGCAGCGUGUCCACCGAGCGCCAGGAGAAGGCCAAGAUCAAGCGGCUGGCCCUGAGCCUCAUCGCCAUCGUGCUGGUCUGCUUCGCGCCCUACCACGUGCUCCUGCUCUCGCGCAGCGCUGUCUACCUGGGCCGCCCAUGGGACUGUGGCUUCGAGGAGCGCAUCUUCUCGGCCUACCACAGCUCGCUGGCCUUCACCAGCCUCAACUGUGUGGCUGACCCCAUCCUCUACUGCCUCGUCAACGAGGGGGCCCGCAGCGAUGUGGCCAAGGCCCUUCACAACCUGCUCCACUUCCUGGCCAGUGACAAACCACAGGAGAUGGCCAACGCCUCGCUCACCCUGGAGACCCCGCUCACUUCCAAGAGGAACAGCAUGGCCAAGGCCAUGGCAGCUGGCUGGGCGGCAGCUCCGCCCUCCCAAGCGGACCACGUGCAGCUGAAGACGCUGCCGCCCGCACAGUGACCCUCCACUCGUGCAGAACCCCCCCACUCCUCGAAUGUUAUCCCACACUCCCUUCCCUCCUGGUCUGAUGUAAGCAAACUGUAUGCAAACGAGGCCGUGUUCCUAGUCAUAAGAGUAGAAGAAAAAAACAGGAGAACAGUGAGGCUAGUGGGUCAGUCAUCAUCCUCUACCAUGACCCCCUAACAAUUCGGUUGAACUGUGCCUAGCAUUGUGCUGGCUGGUGCUAGCGACACAGGGGUGACGAAUGGCCCUCCUUCACAUGCUCCCACUCCGAUGGGGGAGACAGACCUGUCCCCAGACAGGGAAGACCCAGAGUGCAUGGGGCUCACACAGGGGCGCCCAGAGGGCAUCUGACCCACGCUGAGGGUCAGGGAGGGCUCCCUGGAGGAGGGGACAAGGAAAUUAAGUCAAAUAUUCGGUCUCCAGAAGGUAAUGACAAAAAGAGAGAGAGGAAAAAAAAAGGAUUAUUUCCAACAAGGAGGUAAAAUUUGGGGACUGAAGGGGAAGACGGGAGAAGAAAUUCACCGAGGGGAGAGUGGUCAUUUUCACCCUUGGGAAGCCCCUGGUCAUCUGAGGGAGUGAGGGCAAGAAGAGCGUGAGUUUCUAGAUAAACAGCAUUUUCCAAGUCAGGACUGAGGGGGAGGCAGACUCAGAACCCAAGUGAAGGGCAAUCGGGGCAGACCAGCUGGAGGAGAGCUGAGCAGGGCAGGCUUGGGAAGGGGCUCAGGACAAGAGAAGGGUAUUUAUUCAUUCAUUCAUUCAUUCAUUCAUUCAUUCAUUCAUUCAAUAGAGAUUUAUUUAUAUCCACUCUCGGCCCAGCCCUGUGUUGGCUGGGGCUGGGGACGCAAGGGUGACCAAGACAGCCCAGGCCCCCACCCUCAUGGAGCUCAUGGUAAAUAAGUAAAUAAAAAUAAAUAUAAUGUUUGGAAUUGAUAAGUGUCCUGGGGAAAAAGAAAGCCGAUUGAGGGGACAGAGAAUGACACAGACUUGGAUCUAGAGAAGGAGGUCAGGGGAGGGCUCACUGGAAGGUGACAUUGGAACAAAGAGCAGGUGUGGGGAGCGGGGGGGGAGUGGUCAGCCCUGUGGCUGUCAAGGGGAAGAGGACUUUGGGCAGGGGGAACAGUAAGUGCUAAGCCUCUGGAGCGAGAGAGUACCUGAGUUUUGAGGGAGAGCAAGUGGAGUGGUGCAGCUGGAGCAGGUGGGAGGCCGGGAGGGUGAGAGGAAUGGUGGAUGAUUGAUGGGACUGGCAAGGGACUGUCAAGGGACUGGCCGAUCUUUGGAUCAGGGUUUUGUAGGUCCUGGGGAGGACUUUUCCUUUUACUCUGAAAUAAAGGAGAGCCACAAGAGGGCUCUUGGCAAAGAAGGGAUGGGAUCUGACUUAAACUUUAACAGGAUCCCGGCGGCCCCUGAGUGGGAAACAGAAUAUGGGAAGGGCAGCAGCCUGGAGGCCAGCGAGGCCAGUGACAGGUGACUGCAAUAGUCCAGGCGGGAGAUGUGGGCAGCUGAACGGGGUAGGGGUGGGGUGGCGUGAGGGUGGGGGUGGGGUAAGCAAGGAACAGUGGUCAGCUUUGGGAUUUAUUUUUAAGGAAUACUUUAAAAUGAUGGAGAAAGCACAGGGCUUUUGGAGAUUAUGUAACACGAGCCCCUUACCCAUCCUGAGAAAAAGGUUGACCAAGGGGCCCGAACCGGAAGGACCUCUGGGAAUGAUCCCAGGCCCUAUUCCACGGCGGUCACUGGAGAGGCCAAAUGAUUAGGCCAGGGUCACACAGCUGGUGAGUCAGCGCUGGGGUUAUCCUGGGCUCCCCCUCCCCUCUCCAUCUCUGCCUCUGUUCCCAUGCCCUAGGGUGGCCGAGGCUGCCUGCCUUGGCUGAUGGGGUCACGCUCCCUCUCUCCUGGCCCUCAGGGAUCACCAGGAAUGGGCAUCCAUAAUCAGGCUGGAGAGCCGGAGUAGGCACCCAGCUCUGGACAGGCCUCGCCCUUUCUGACAGGUCACCUCCCUCCCUUCCUCCCAAUGGAUGUGUAACAGGCUCCAAGCUCCUGAUGGGAUGUGAAGAUCCUCCCCCCCCCACACACACCCUCUUGUCCCAGAAGUUCCCAGAAGAGGUUCCUGGAAAUCCUUCUCAGAGAAAGGAAGAGGAGGGAGGAGGGGAAUGAGAAAGAAAAUGAACUUAAUGAGGAAAAUGGUUUUGCGGGGGUGGGGAGGCGGUGACUGCGAUGCAGGAAGUUGGGGCUUUGGUAUUGGGUGCGGAGAGAAAAGAGGGAAGCCUGGGAUCUAUGGGGCUUAGCAAUUUUCCCACCCCAAAGCCAUAAAGCUACUGGGAUGGAGAUGUAAGGCCAGACAGAACCUUUUGGAACACAGUCCCCUCAGAGAAUCAGAUGAAAGCCUGCACUCUACUCCUCCACCAAAUGCUCAUCCCCAUUCAUUCAAUAAAUAUUUAUUGAGCA